AUGUGCGACCCAUCCUGGACGACUAUGCUGGCAGCUGAAGACACCGCUGCGGAGAGUAACACCGUGCUGCUGCAGACUUUCCGCGCCUGGGUCACGGGCGACAAGAAAUGCGCGUACGUCCGGGGAGUAAUUGAUGGAGGCAGUCAGCAAACUUUUAUCCGAGAAGAUAUGGCCCACAAGCUUCGCCUCAACGUGCUGGGCAACAUCACGGUGAGCCUUAACACUUUCGGCAGUACUGCCUCCACUCCACAACGACAGCGAUGCAAUGUAGUGGAAGUCCGGUUACGGAGUCAGUUCGCACCAACAGAAUUUACUGUGCAAGCUAUCACCGUGCCUUUCAUCUGUCGUGACAUUUGUCAGACUCCUGUGGAACAUGAGCUCGUUCGAUCCAUACGUGCGGAAGAUGGCUACAUAGCCGACGAGCUGUUGUUCCCCGACAUACCCGCCGAGUUCGGGGUUUCUCUGCUGUUGGGUUGCGAUCAACUCUGGAAGCUCACCACUGGAAAAAUUAGACGCAGCGCAUCCACCAGCGGACUGGUCGCCAUCGAGACAAGCCUGGGCUGGACUUUCCAAGGUCCCACGUCUGCCUAUGGCGGCUCAUCAGACUCGAAUGUUAUGAUUUGCGUGUUGAAGACGGGAGUCUACCUACAGGAUGAAACAGCCACAUCGCUGCGCACCUUGUGGGAGUUGGAGAGCAUCGGCAUUAUCGACGACUCCAAGAACAGUCGUGAAAUCGACGACCGUGUAUGGGACGACUUCCGGCAAAAUGUCACAAUGCAAGAGGGGCGAUACGUCGUUGCACUGCCUUGGAAGUCCGCUGAAUGCCAUCUUCAUGACAACCGCGAGGUGGCCCAGAGCCGACUGGUAAAACUCGUUCGUCGCUUGGAGAAGGAGAGAGCUCUCGAUGAAUACGAUGGAGCUAUCCGCAGCUACCUGGACAACGGACAUGCCGAAAGGGUUCCGGUCGAAACGUCUGAGGACGAUCGGACAUAUUUCAUAUUACAUGCCUCACCCAGCCGUUGUUGGACAGGAUUCAAAGUCCACGAGCGUGAGAGUAGUGUUCGACGCGUCUUCUCAUGCGCCUGGGGAACUGUCGCUCAAUGA